CCCUGCUUCCCGGCGGCCGCGGGAGCCCAGCCCGGCCGGGGGAGGCGCGGAGCGGGCCGGCCGCCCGGCCUUCCUCUCCCCUCGCUCCUCCUCUCCACCUCAACUUGCUCCGGCCUCCUCGCUCCGGCCUCACGUUUGGGCCUCCGCAGGCCCCCGGCCCCGGCUCGUGGCUGGGCUCCUUCCCGGGGCGGUGGAAGUUUCUGGGCUCCCCGCGGUCCAGCCUCCAUCUCUCUGCCUCUCACUGGGCCCGCGCCCGCGCCUGCAGUCCCCUCCCCGCGCGCUUCCUCCCAUCCUGUCCCUCGCUGCCCUCUCUGCGCCUCUCCCGGGGCUCCCGGCUUGCUUAUCCCCCUCGGGCGUCGGGACCAUCGCCCCCGCCCGGGCGCGCCCCCCCGGGUCCUGCGGCCCCGGAUGCCCGGGCCCCGUGGGGCUGCUGGCGGCCUGGCCCCUGAGAUGCGCGGGGCGGGGGCGGCGGGGCUGCUGGCGCUGCUGCUGCUGCUGCUGGGCCCGGGCGGCGGGGCCGAGGGGGGGCCGGCGGGCGAGAGGGGCGCUGGCGGGGGCGGGGCGCUGGCCCGCGAGCGCUUCAAGGUGGUCUUUGCGCCGGUGAUCUGCAAGCGGACCUGUCUCAAGGGCCAGUGUCGGGACAGUUGUCAGAAGGGCUCCAACAUGACGCUCAUCGGAGAGAACGGCCACAGCACCGACACGCUCACGGGCUCCGGCUUCCGCGUGGUGGUGUGCCCCCUGCCCUGUAUGAACGGCGGCCAGUGCUCCUCGCGAAACCAGUGCCUGUGUCCCCCGGACUUCACGGGUCGCUUCUGCCAGGUGCCGGCUGGAGGAGCUGGCGGAGGCGCUGGCGGCUCAGGCCCUGGGCUUGGCCGGGCCGGGGCCCUGUCCACGGGCGCGCUGCCGCCCCUGGCUCCAGAGGGCGAGUCUGUGGCCAGCAAGCACGCCAUGUACGCGGUCCAGGUGAUCGCCGAUCCGCCAGGGCCCGGGGAGGGGCCUCCUGCCCAGCAUGCGACCUUCCUGGUGCCCCUCGGGCCAGGACAGAUCUCAGCGGAAGUGCAGGCCCCGCCCCCCGUGGUGAAUGUGCGCGUCCACCACCCGCCCGAGGCCUCAGUCCAAGUGCACCGCAUUGAAGGACCCAACGCCGAGGGCCCGGCCCCCUCCCAGCACCUGCUGCCGCACCCCAAGCCCGCGCAUCCCCGGCCACCCACCCAGAAGCCCCUGGGCCGUUGCUUCCAGGACACGCUGCCCAAGCAACCAUGUGGCAGCAACCCCCUCCCGGGCCUCACCAAGCAGGAAGACUGCUGCGGGAGCAUCGGCACCGCUUGGGGCCAGAGCAAGUGCCACAAGUGCCCCCAGCUGCAGUACACAGGGGUGCAGAAGCCAGGGCCUGUACGUGGGGAGAUGGGCACUGACUGCCCCCAGGGCUACAAGAGGCUCAACAGCACACACUGCCAGGACAUCAAUGAGUGCGCGAUGCCAGGCAUGUGUCGCCAUGGUGACUGCCUCAACAACCCUGGUUCCUAUCGCUGUGUCUGCCCACCUGGCCAUAGUUUGGGCCCCUCCCGCACACAGUGCAUUGCAGACAAGCCGGAGGAGAAGAGCCUGUGUUUCCGCCUGGUGAGCCCUGAACACCAGUGCCAGCACCCCCUGACCACACGCCUCACCCGCCAACUCUGCUGCUGCAGUGUCGGCAAGGCCUGGGGGGCCAGGUGCCAGCGCUGCCCAGCUGAUGGCACUGCUGCCUUCAAGGAGAUCUGCCCAGCUGGGAAGGGGUACCACAUCCUCACCUCCCACCAGACGCUCACCAUUCAGGGCGAAAGUGACUUUUCCCUUUUCCUGCACCCCGAUGGGCCACCCAAGCCCCAGCAGCUGCCCGAGAGCCCCAGCCGGGCACCACCACCUGAGGACACAGAGGAAGAGAGAGGGGUGAGCACAGACUCACCAGUGAUUGAAGAGCAGUCAGCGCAGCAGAGCCACCCGACUGUCACCGUAUCUCCUGCCCGGCCCUACCCGGAGCUGAUCUCCUGGCCCCCGCCGCCCCAGUUCCUGCCCGACUUGCCCCCGUCCCGCAGUGCGGUGGAAAUCGCCCCUACUCAAGUCACAGAGACGGACGAGUGCCGACUGAACCAGAACAUCUGUGGCCACGGAGAGUGCGUCCCGGGACCCUCGGACUAUUCCUGCCAUUGCAAUCCCGGCUACCGGUCGCAUCCGCAGCACCGCUACUGCGUGGACGUGAACGAAUGCGAGGCGGAGCCUUGCGGCGCCGGGCGGGGCAUCUGCAUGAACACCGGCGGUUCCUACAACUGCCACUGCAACCGAGGCUACCGCCUGCACGUCGGCGCCGGGGGGCGCUCUUGCGUGGACCUGAACGAGUGCGCCAAGCCCCACCUGUGCGGCGACGGCGGCUUCUGCAUCAACUUUCCGGGACACUACAAAUGCAACUGCUACCCCGGCUACCGGCUUAAAGCCUCCAGACCGCCCGUGUGCGAAGACAUCGACGAGUGCCGAGACCCUAGCACCUGCCCGGAUAGCAAAUGCGAGAACAAACCUGGGAGCUUCAAGUGCAUUGCCUGUCUGCCAGGCUACCGCAGCCAGGGGGGCGGGGCCUGCCGCGAUGUGAACGAGUGCGCUGAGGGCAACCCCUGCUCUCCGGGCUGGUGCGAGAACCUUCCGGGCUCUUUCCGCUGCACGUGCGCCCAGGGCUAUGCGCCCGCGCAGGACGGCCGCAGUUGCCUGGAUGUGGACGAGUGUGAGGCUGGGGACGUGUGCGACAACGGCAUCUGUGCCAACACGCCAGGCUCCUUCCAGUGUCAGUGCCUCUCUGGCUACCAUCUGUCAAGGGACCGGAGCCGCUGCGAGGACAUCAAUGAGUGUGACUUCCCUGCAGCCUGCAUUGGGGGUGAUUGCAUCAACACCAAUGGCUCCUAUCGAUGUCUCUGUCCCCAGGGGCAUCGGCUGGUAGGCGGCCGGAAAUGCCAAGACAUAGAUGAGUGCAGCCAGGACCCAGGCCUGUGCCUUCCCCACGGGGCCUGCGAGAACCUGCAGGGCUCCUACGUUUGCAUCUGUGAUGACGGCUUCACACCCACCCAGGACCAACACGGCUGUGAGGAGGUGGAGCAGCCCCACCACAAGAAGGAGUGCUACCUUAACUUCGAUGAUACCGUGUUCUGUGACAGUGUUCUGGCCACCAACGUCACCCAGCAGGAGUGCUGCUGCUCGCUGGGGGCUGGCUGGGGAGACCACUGCGAGAUCUAUCCCUGCCCAGUCUACAGCUCAGCUGAGUUCCACAGCCUCUGCCCAGACGGGAAGGGCUAUACCCAGGACAACAACAUUGUCAACUAUGGCAUCCCAGCCCACCGUGACAUCGAUGAAUGCAUAUUGUUUGGGGCGGAGAUAUGCAAGGAGGGCAAGUGCGUGAACACGCAGCCCGGCUACGAGUGCUAUUGCCAGCACGGCUUCUACUACGACUCAAACCUGCUGGAAUGCGUGGACGUGGACGAGUGUUUGGACGAGUCUAAUUGCCGGAACGGAGUGUGUGAGAAUACGCGCGGUGGUUACCGCUGUGCCUGCACUCCCCCGGCCGAGUACAGCCCGGUGCAGCGCCAGUGUCUGAGCCCAGAAGAGAUGGACGUGGACGAGUGCCAGGACCCCACAGCCUGCCGCCCUGGCCGCUGCGUCAACCUGCCCGGCUCCUACCGCUGCGAGUGCCGCCCGCCCUGGGUACCUGGACCCUCAGGCCGCGACUGCCAGCGCCCCGAGAGCCCGGCCGAGCGUGCCCCGGAGCGGCGGGACGUGUGCUGGGGCCAGCGCGGAGACGACGGCAUGUGUGCGGGGCCCCUGGCCGGGCCCGCCCUCACCUUCGAUGACUGCUGCUGUCGCCAGGGUCGAGGUUGGGGAGCCCAGUGCCGUCCGUGCCCGCCGCGCGGCGCUGGGUCCCAGUGCCCGACGUCGCAGAGUGAGAGUAAUUCUUUCUGGGACACGAGCCCCCUGCUGCUGGGGAAGCCCGCCAGAGAAGAGGACAGCUCAGAGGAGGAUUCGGACGAGUGUCGCUGCGUGAGCGGCCGCUGUGUGCCGCGGCCGGGUGGUGCAGUGUGCGAGUGUCCCGGCGGUUUCCAGCUGGACGCGUCCCGCGCCCGCUGUGUCGACAUCGAUGAGUGCCGAGAGCUGAACCAGCGCGGGUUACUAUGUAAGACCGAGCGCUGCGUGAACACGAGCGGUUCCUACCGCUGCGUCUGCAAAGCUGGCUUCGCGCGCAGCCGCACGCAUGGAGCCUGCGUGCCCCAGCGCCGCCGCUGACACCACCCACGGUCUGGACCUUCGCAAUCACCGAGGGGUUUCCACCCAGCAAUUGGGGCGAGCUCGGCCUCUCGCUGGUGCCCCGACUCGGGGCUCGGACCCAGGGACCCUUCGGGCCCGUAGACCCCUUCCCCGCGCCCCAUGUUCCAAGGGCGCCCCUGCCGGUUCCGCCUGGCUCACAGGCAGAUGUUGGGUCUGUCUGGCGCUGCCGGCCUUCCUUCCAGAGGGCAUUUCCCCAGAAACUGAUAAAUCAGAUCGUUUCUCUUUA